AUGCUGCCGGACGUCGCGGCGCUGCUGGUGAAGCUGGGGACGAUGGUGAUGGUGAUGGGCCCUCGCUUGGCCGCGGGAGGCGGCGUGGGGGGCUACGCUCAAGUCAAGUACAUGCAGCCCAUGGUGAAGGGACCCCUGGGACCCCCGUUCCGUGAAGGCAAAGGGCAGUACCUGGACAUGCCGCCACUGCUGCCCAUGGACCUCAAGGGGGAGCCAGGACCGCCUGGGAAGCCUGGCCCACGUGGACCCCCUGGGCCCCCCGGCUACCCAGGAAAACCAGGCACGGGGAAGCCAGGAAUGCACGGCCAGCCUGGGCCCGCUGGGCCCCCUGGCUUCUCGGGCAUUGGGAAACCCGGCAUCCCAGGACUCCCUGGAAAGGCGGGUAUGAAAGGGAUGCCCGGAGCCAAAGGCGAGCCUGGCAUGCGUGGGGAGCAAGGGCCGAGGGGACUUCCUGGCCCACCGGGGCUUCCCGGGCCAGCCGGCCUCUCUGUCAAUGGGAAGCCGGGUCCCCAGGGUGGCCCUGGCCUGCCUGGGUUUCGGGGAGAGCCUGGCCCGAAAGGAGAGCCAGGUCCCCGUGGAGAACGAGGGAUGAAGGGUGAAAAUGGCGUGGGGAAGCCAGGCUUACCGGGGCCACGCGGGAAUGGGGGCCCUCCUGGCCCUGCGGGGCCCCCGGGACCUGCCGGCAUUGGGAAGCCUGGCCUUGAUGGGCUGCCGGGUGCUCCCGGGGACAAGGGCGACAUGGGUCCCCCGGGUGGGCCGGGUGUCACCGGGGAGCCCGGCCCUGUGGGGCCGCGGGGCCCCCCCGGGAUCGAUGGGAUCGGUGUCCCGGGCGCCGCGGGGGUGCCGGGGAUACAGGGCCCCAUGGGACCGAAGGGAGAGCCCGGGAUCCGUGGCCUUCCUGGCCUGCCAGGCCCUACGGGCUAUGGGAAGCCAGGCAUGCCCGGCCUGAAAGGAGACCGCGGGCAGCCUGGGGCACAGGGAGCCAUCGGUGAUAAGGGGGAGCCCGGUGUUGAUGGGGAGCCGGGUGAGCCAGGCCCUGCUGGCAUCAUCGGCCCACCAGGCCCACCGGGGUCCAUGGGGCUGCCAGGCAAGCACGGGCUGCCCGGCCCUAAGGGGGAUGUGGGGCCGAGUGGGCCUCCGGGAAUGCCAGGGAUGCGUGGCGACCAGGGCCCGAAUGGCUUUGCGGGGAAGCCAGGGGUGCCGGGAGAAAGGGGCCUGCCCGGGUCACUGGGACCUCCUGGCCCAACGGGCCCCAAAGGUGAACCAGGGUUCAUCGGCCUUCCGGGGGUGCCUGGAUUAACGGGUGGCCCUGGGCCCAAAGGGGACGGUGGGAUCCCAGGGCAGCCGGGGCUGCGGGGCCCCUCCGGCAUCCCCGGAUUGCAAGGACCUGCUGGUCCCAUGGGGCCUCAGGGGUUACCAGGCCUGAAAGGGGAGCCUGGGCUCCCUGGCAUUCCCGGUGACGGGAAGACCGGUGAACCUGGCAUGGCCGGACCCAUUGGCCCGCCCGGAAUGCCAGGAACACCAGGGCUGAACGGGCCACCAGGCCCACCAGGGCCACCUGGGCCACCAGGAGCGCCAGGAGUGCUAGAUGAGACGGGCAUCGCGGGGCUGCACCUGCCGGACGGUGGUGUGGAGGGGGCUGUGCUGGGCAAUGGGAAGCCAGGAAAACCACAGUAUGGCCGAGGAGAGCUCGCUGCCCGCAUCGCGCCGGCCUUCACUGCCAUCCUCACCUCUCCCUUCCCCGCAUCUGGCAUGCCCGUCAAGUUUGACCGGACCUUGUACAAUGGGUACAAUGGCUACAACCCAGUCACCGGGAUCUUCACCUGCCCUGUAUCUGGAAUCUACUACUUUGCCUACCAUGUGCAUGUCAAAGGGACCAACGUUUGGGUGGCCCUGUAUAAGAACAACGUGCCGGCCACCUACACCUACGAUGAGUACAAAAAGGGGUACCUGGACCAGGCCUCGGGCAGUGCCGUGCUUGAACUCAAGGAGAACGACCAGGUCUGGGUACAAAUGCCCUCAGACCAGGCCAAUGGGCUGUACUCCACAGAAUACAUCCACUCCUCCUUCUCCGGGUUCCUGCUCUGCCCCACAUAA